AUGAUAGGUUUUUUGAAGGCUGCUGUCAAGGCUUGCAUCAAGAGUGGUAAAGGCUUCAAAGCUCGAUCAAUUCUUUCAGAUUGGUCGAUAAUGAUGGCUCCAAGGAAAGGAACAAAGUGUGGAAAGGAUGGAAGCAAUCCUGAAAACGAGAUUCUUCUAUUUUUCAAGCCAUUCAUAACCCAUGCCAGCACCAAUAGAUUGAUGCUUCCAUUGAAUUGGACGGAGUAUAUGAAAGGGAAUCUACCAAACAAAGUCCUUUUGAGAGAUCGCUUUGGAAACUUUUGGCAUGUUGUACUAGGUCAUGAGGAGGAGAAAACAUACUUUCUUGGAGGCUGGACAAGAUUUGUCAAGCAAAACUACUUGGGAAUGGGUGAUAUGCUAGUGUUUAAGUAUGAUGGCAUCCGUAUUUUCGACGUGAAAAUAUUUGGAUCGGAUUCCUGUGAUAAGAGAGGAGUUGGAAGGCUUAUCUACAAAAUCAAGGAAGAGGUUGAAGAGGAAGAACCAUUAGGUGUUGGGGAUAAAUGUGAUCAUGUCCGUGAAAAAUACGAUGAACCUGAAGCCCAUGAAGAAGGAGAAAAAGAAGUUCAACCGCACAAAGAAUACAAAAAUGAAAUGUCAGAAGUAGAGAUUAUGGAAAAUAUCAACCUACCCGUGUCAAGUCAAUCCCCCCAAGGUACGAUUUAA